UUACCAGAAAAAGGUAAAGAAAAAUUUCCAAGAGCGUGCUGUACCGUGGAGAAGCAGCGAGCCAGCAACGUCACUAUUUCAUAUCUCUCUCGCACUUGCCAAGUUUGCAAUUGCAAACCAUUAAUAAUACUAAAACAAAACUCAAAAUUAACUACGAUCUGCCUAUCAAUUCAUUAUCUGUUUCCGUUCUGUAUCUGAUCUAACAAACUCUUCAAUUUUAGUCUCCCCAUCUGUUUGAUCUCUCUGUCCUUUUUCACUUCUCUCCCUCUCUCUGUCGCUCACUGAGAUCUUCUUGCGAAAUCCAUCUGUUUGGUUCACUUCAGUUUAGCUUUCGCAUUUUUCAGUUCGGAGGAUGAUAGAAUGCAGCGUUUGCCACUCCAAAUUUUCUCCAACAAGCAAGACGGUUUCCAAAGCUUACGAUAGGCAUAGGAGUGACGUCUCUUCUAAAACGCGAGCGCUUAAUGUUCUUUUGGUUGUCGGUGAUUGCAUCUUGGUCGGUCUUCAGCCUAUAUUGGUUUACAUGUCUAAGGUGGAUGGGCAAUUCAAGUUCAGUCCUAUAAGUGUUAACUUCUUGACCGAGGCUGCUAAAGUUCUUUUUGCUAUAGUUAUGCUCUUCAUCCAGGCUCGGAGUAAAAAGGUUGGGGAGAAACCUCUUCUCUCUUUUUCUAUCUUUGUACAGGCUGCUCGAAAUAAUGUGCUUCUUGCUGUUCCAGCUUUCCUCUAUGCUAUUAACAAUUAUUUGAAGUUUAUUAUGCAGCUAUACUUCAAUCCUGCAACAGUAAAGAUGCUGAGCAAUCUGAAGGUUUUGGUGAUUGCUGUCUUGUUGAAAAUAAUUAUGAAGCGUCGAUUUUCAAUUAUUCAGUGGGAGGCUCUUGCUCUCUUGCUCAUUGGGAUUAGUGUGAAUCAGUUGCGGUCUCUACCUGAGGGUAUCACUGCCCUUGGCCUUUCAGUUGCAUCAGGGGCAUACUUAUACACGCUAAUUUUUGUGACAGUUCCAUCACUAGCUUCAGUCUACAAUGAAUAUGCUUUGAAGAGCCAGUUUGAGACUAGCAUUUACCUUCAGAACCUUUUUCUGUAUGGUUAUGGUGCCAUAUUCAACUUCCUAGCGAUCCUAAUCACUGCCAUUUUUAAAGGCCCUGGUAGCUUGGAUAUCUUGCAAGGACACUCUAAGGAUACCAUGCUGUUGAUAUGCAACAAUGCGGCACAAGGAAUUUUGUCUUCUUUCUUCUUCAAAUAUGCAGAUACAAUUUUGAAGAAGUACUCGUCAACCGUAGCCACAGUUUUUACAGGAAUAGCAUCUGCUGCACUUUUUGGUCAUACCCUGACAAUGAAUUUUAUCUUAGGAAUCUCUAUUGUGUUUAUAUCCAUGCACCAGUUCUUUUCGCCACUUUCAAAGGUCAAGGAUGAAUCACCGAAAGGUUGUCUGGAAAUGAUGGAUGGUGAAAACAACCAGAGGUCAAAGGAUGCAUCCUUCAUAAAUAUGACUGCCGGAGCAAAUGAGGAUGCUAGUCAUCGAGUCGAACAUGACGAGAAAGCGCCACUGCUUCCCAUCUAAAGUUUACCAAAGGGAGCAAUCCGUUUUUACAUUUCUGGGCAGGAAAUAUCCAAAACAGUUGAGAAGAUCGCCAGUUCCAGUGACAGUAACACAAUAGAAUAAAUGCCGCAAAAGAGAUUCUUUAUUUCAUUUUGGGUUUGCUUCGUUGUCCAUGGGAAGCCGCAGUAUACCUUUGAGUAAGCCAUCCACUAAACAUCUUUGAAGCAUCAAUGACCUUUGAGAACCUGGUUUCUGCCGAAGGGCGAAAAGGCUAGAAAUUUAUACAGAGGUGUAGCAAUUUUUUGUACUCACUCAUGUAUGCCAUGCCUAUCAUUUCAAUCCGACAUCUCUUCAUCCAUAUGAUCUGCAACUCGUUUAUGAAUUUUGGUAAAUGUCUCAAAUUCCAUAAUGUCAAAAUGUAGUAUGGAAAUUCUGGAUCAUCACUUGUUUAGAAACAGUAAUUAUCACUUCUUUUUUUUCUCUCA